AGUGCUCUUCAAAUUGGAGGAAACUGUCAAAAAUGAGCAAAACAUAUUGUCCAAUGUCUUCAUGUUUUCUAGUUCUAAUGCUGAUAUUUAUUUGCAAUGAUCUAGUGUUUACGCUGGAAAAUGGCUUCUGUCAAAAUAUUGACGGUGGAGUCCAAUGUGUCGGAGAGAAGGAGAUGAAAUUAACUCAGUUGAAAAGUGACUACGUUGAUGAGGUAAAGCUGGUAGAAGAUGAUGACAGACAACUUGAAGUUAAAACCAUCAACUUGAAACCACAAAUAUUUGAAGUGAAAGAUUUCCUGACCGGGGAGGAAUGUGACCAUUUCAUAUCUGUUGCCAAGGAGAUGGGUUUGGAGUCUAGUAAGACGGAAAGACAGGUCAAAGAUGGUAAGGGGAUGCAGCUGAUGGACAUCAACAGUGAUAGACAACUGGACUUCGCAGAGAUGAAACUCACCCUUGAGAAUGGCUAUGAUGUGUUCUUGGAAGAUGAUGAUUUGCUUCAGAUGUACCAGUCGCUCAACCUAGACACGAACAACGAUAUGAAGAUCAGCAAGCAGGAGUUGGAGAGAACAACCCCUGCAGACAUCUACGAAUUCAUCAAGAAGUACAUUAAAACCCACCCAGAGAAACAUUCCCGCUACAGCAGUCAGGUAUGGCUCUAUCCCGACAGUUCAUCUGAUGACACAUUCAGGCGGGUUCAAGAAAGGGUGUCCAAAGUUGUCCGGCUGCCCAUAGAGUUGAUAAAACUAAGUGAUUUCCAGGUCGUCCAUUAUGGUGUGAAUGGCCACUACAAUGCACACCUAGAUUCCUCACAUAUCCAGCCAAAUAUGCCAUGUUGCAACAGGGGCAAGGUGAAAAACUGUAGGAUUUGUAGGUACAUGACGGUGCUGUUUUACCUGAAUGAUGUAGAGGAGGGAGGGGAGACGGCCUUCCCAUUUGCCAAUACCACAACAAUCAACCAUACUGAGGCUCAUUUGGAGCGUGUCCACCACUUGUACAGGAAGUGUGAAGACGCACCACUCCGUGUAUCAGCCUCGCGCGGGAAGGCUGUUUUCUGGUACAAUCACCAUCUUGACGGCGACUCAGGUUGGAUGGGAAAUAUAGACGAGUUCACGCUCCAUGGGGGAUGUCCAGUCAAGCAAGGAGAGAAAUGGAUCGCUAAUUUCUGGAUUAAGACGACGGAUAAUAAACAGAAGGAUUUGAAACGAAUGAGACAAAUGUACCAUGAUGAGCUGUAAUAUGCAUUUAAAGUUGUUUUUACUAAUUUUAUGUAAUAAAAGGUCUGCUGUAGAAUAGUUACUUUUUGGGAUGGUAAAAUGUUCACAAUUUUUUCAUAUUUUAAUAGGGCUGCAAUUUUAAAACCUCACAGAAUUGGCCAAAACCAAUAAAAUAGAGUUGACAGACUUGUAUGAUUAUAUAACCAAUCUACUGGUUAAUUUUUGCUUGUCAAGAAAGAAGAAAUGUGAACAUUUGAAUAGUUUUAAUCAGUUUUAAGGCAAAACUUAAGAAUUGUUGGUUUUAAGUUGACUCUGGCCAUUCUAUUCAAGUUUAAAGGCCUAGUUUAAGCCUAAAAGUGACCCCCCCCCCC